CUUAUUUUGGUAAAAAAAAAGCCAAACUGCCAAACUAGAGUGAUGCAGAGGUAGAAAAAAAGGUGCCAACCAUUUCCAAAUCUCCUACACCAAAGUUGAGUGCUUGUGUUCACUCACACCCACAACCCCAACAACAACAACAACAACACAAGAGUCUCAAAAUUCAGCCUAUAUAAAGCCCAAUUCCCCCCAUGGAGCCUCCCCAAACUUGAUUCCCCACAACAUUCUCCAAAAUCACCUCAAAAAAUUUCAAGUGCUCGCCAUGGCUGAUGGCAGUAGUAGCAACACCAAGAGCAAUUCCCUGAUCCUCCAUCACCCCACAAACUUGAAGGGUGGUUGGAAUGCUGCCAUCUUCAUCAUAUUUGUGGAAUUUGCUGAGAGAUUUGCUUACCAAGGGUUGGCAAGUAAUCUCAUCCAAUACCUUACAAAUGUUCUGAAUGAACCAAUCACACAAGCAGCCAAAGAUGUGAACACAUGGGUUGGUGCCUCCUCUCUCUUCCCUUUGCUUGGUGGCUUCAUAGCUGAUUCCUAUCUGGGUCGCUUCAACACCAUACUCUUGUCCUCAGUCAUUUAUUUCGUGGGCAUGGUUUUCUUGACACUUUCAGUGUCGGCACUCAAACACAAAUUCUUAUUUUUCUUGGCACUUUAUGUCCUGGCCAUCGGCGACGGAGGUCACAAGCCCUGCGUCCAGACCUUCGCCGCCGAUCAGUUCGACGAGGACACGCCUGAGGAGAAGGAUGCCAAGAGCUCAUUCUUCAACUGGUGGUACUUGGGGAUUGUGGCUGGCUCAACUGCUUCUGUUUUUGUUGUCAUAUAUCUUCAGGACAAUGUUGGGUGGGGAGUGGGGCUAGGAGUGCUGGCAGGGGUGUUGGCUUUGGCAUUGGCACUCUUCUUGUUGGGAAUCAAAAGGUACAGAAAGGAAGGCCCUGCAGGGAGCCCAUUCACCAGGCUGGCCCAAGUCUUUGUCGCCGCAUCGCGCAAGUGGCGCGUGCAGGCCACGCACGGUCACCACAAUUAUUGCUAUGACGAGGAUGAGGAGCAUCAUGAGCCCCAUAAUCAUCUCCAUAUUCAACCCAAAAUCCACACUCUCCUCCAUACUCAUCAAUAUAGAUUUUUGGACAAGGCAGCGAUCAUAGAUGAAAUUGAUGCCAAGACGAAGACAAGAGACCCUUGGAGGCUAUGUUCAGUGACACAAGUUGAGGAAGUGAAGCUUGUCCUUCGUUUGAUUCCAAUAUGGCUAAGUUGCUUAAUGUUCACUGUUGUACAAGCUCAAGUGCACACAUUUUUCAUCAAGCAAGGUGCCACAAUGGUACGUACCAUAGGACCACAUUUCCAAGUCCCACCAGCAUCGCUCCAAGGCCUAGUUGGAGUCACAAUACUCUUUGCUGUGCCAUUCUAUGACCGUGUCUUUGUGCCACUAGCAAGGAAAAUCACAGGGAAACCCACUGGGAUAACAGUGCUACAAAGAAUUGGGGUAGGACUUUUCUUGUCAAUCCUUAACAUGGUUGUGUCAGCACUUGUGGAGGCCAAAAGGGUUGGUGUUGCAAAAGAGAGUGGCCUAAUUGAUGACCCAAAAGCAGUGUUACCAAUCAGCAUUUGGUGGCUGCUUCCUCAGUACAUGAUCACUGGGAUCUCUGAUGCAUUCACAAUUGUGGGGCUACAAGAGUUGUUUUAUGACCAAAUGCCUGAGGCACUUAGGAGUUUGGGGGCUGCAGCAUACAUUAGCAUUGUGGGGGUUGGGAGCUUUGUUGGCAACAUUGUUAUAGUUGUUGUGGAGGGUGUGACAUCAAGGGCUGGUGAGAAGUGGCUAGGAAACAACCUCAAUAGGGCACACCUUGAUUACUUCUAUUGGGUCUUGGCAGGGUUGAGUGCUGUUAAUUUGUGUGUUUAUGUGUGGCUUGCCAUUGUUUAUGUGUACAAAAAAGUUGAUGAGGGUCAUCAAACUAGUGACCAACAGGGUUCUAGCCACAAGAAAUACAAACCUGGAGUGUGAGGGGAAAAAAAGUUACUGUUUGGCUUCUGAUAUAUGCAGCGAAUGCCAAACAUACCAAGUCCAAGAUGAGAGUUAAGUAUAGAUUAACAUUGUAAUUCCAAUAAAUAGUAAUCUUAGUUGCAUCUUAGAGAGAGAGGCUAAUAGUUUAAAACUAGUUAUAUUUAGUUAAAACUAUAAAUAUUUGAAGGCUUUCUUAAGCAUUGUAUAAAAUCAUUAGAGUUAAUAUAUAAUUUAAUUCUGAAAA